AUGGACGGCAUCAUUGCCUCCGCUGUAGUGCUCCCGGAGCCCCAGGAAACGAACCGUUCCCCGAGUCCACCACAAUCCCCAACGGGCCAGAAGAGGAGGCAAUCAUCCGUAGCCGAACAAGAUGCCAAACGACCGAGGCUCAACAGCUUCGAUGCCGAAGCUAGUAACGGAGGACAACCCUCGUCAAACGCUCAAACGCAGACAACAGCAGUGCCAGCGAGGCGAGAGCGAGGCCGCGAACGAAGGCUUUUUGGCGCAGUCCUCGGUGCCCUAUCCCAGAAUUUUGCUAGUCCAGCACAGAGAAAACGGUCGGAGAUUGAGAAACGGCAACGGGCUCAGCGUGAGCAGGAAGAGCAGGAAGAUGGGCAGAGGAAGGCUGAGCGCAUUGCACAGCGCAAGGCUCAGCGCCGGAUAGAGCAGAAGAGGUUCGAGAGGGAAUCGAUGCGGAUUCGACAUGCCAAUAUGCGACACAUGGCCCACUUCCUUCGGACAAAGACUGAGCCACAACUGUACUAUAAACCCUGGGAAACCACCGAAGAAGAAGACGAACGAAUACAAGCCCAAAUAGCCGAGGCCGAGGAGACUAUUCGCCGAGAAUUAGAUGAAUUACGGUCCCGAGAGAAUGCGGAUGGAGAUCGAGAGCAGAACCAGGAGCAGCCCCGUAACACGGCCUCCGAGUCCAACAAAGAUGCACAGCCGUCGCUCGAGAGGGACCAAGAUACGUAUAUGCAUGAAGACACGGCUAUAGAGAAUGGAACGAAUGAAAGGAGCCUAAACGGUAGCGGACCGUCACCCGAGGAUUCGGGACCAAGGGAUAAUGAGCAUGCAGAAUCUGUCACGAAUGGGGCGGAGAGAGGAGGACAGGUAGCUGAACCACACCACAUAUCGGCUACCACAAGUCUGGGUGCGACGUCAGCCGAAGGGAAUUUAGAGGCAGAUACGAACAAAGAAGCCAUGGACGAUAACGGAGACGAGAUGGUAGAGGCCGCUGAAGAUACGGUCAUCUACUGA